CGGAAGUAAACAAUAUGGCGAUUUGAUAGCAGAAGCAUUUUUUUACUCUCAAAACGUCUGAUAUUUCGUCUCUGAUUUUUCAACUGACGCGCGUCCAUUCGAAGACACAUAUUUGUAAUGCCAAAAUGAACGCCAAAAGAAAGAAGCAAGCCACCUACAUCACAAUAGCCUUUUUCUUCCUACUUGGAGGAAUAGAAUAUGCCAUCAUCAUGCCAACACUCUGGCUGUACCUGAGCGAGCGAUUCGAUGCCCAGCCAUACUUCCUUGGCAUUGUCAUGUCUGCAUUCAGCUUCAUGGGACUUUUCAGUGGACCAAUCAUGGGGAGGAUGUCGGACAAGACUGGAAAAACUAAAUACCUCAUCCUUUUUGCCAACCUGUGGGAGAUCGGAGGGAAUGUCAUGUAUUGGAUGGGUUUCAACAAAUGGUUCAUCUUGGGUAGUCGACUAAUAGCUGGUGUGGGGACUGGUGUUGGUGCUAGCAUAAUCGCUCAGGUUUCUCUGGCCACCACUCCUGAGGAGAGGACGGGCGUCUUAUCUAUCCUUAUGCUUUGUAGGCAAGUUGGCCUGCUUUUUGGUCCAGCUUUUAACCUUUUUCUGCGGUAUUGUGAUUUUAAAAUUGGAUCCUUUGUGGUUGAUGCCUAUACAGUUCCCGGGCUCUUCAUGGCGAUGUUGUGGGGCUUGCACGAGAUAAUGGUAAUAUGCCUCUACUUCGAAUUGAAAGAACUACAAGAGCAGGAACAGAUCAAUACUCAUAUAAAAUACAGCAACAGCGAUACAACAAUCGCUAACCUAGGCAGCGACUAUUCCUCACUUUCGACGAUCGCAGGGCAAAGCGCCACGCCAUCACAAUCUGUCACAACGACUGGAGAAAAUAGUGACUCCUCGCGCUCAAAUUUAACAAUAUCUGGUGCUCAUUUACAAAAUCGGGACAGAAAUUUACCGCCGCCUUUUUUAGAUUCGCCAACCAGGCAGCAAAUUGGAUCGGAUUAUAUGCAACAAGGGGAUGUUUCAUCGGGGGCUAUUCAGACGAUUGACUGCAAAGUUGGCAGGGAAGUUUUCCAACAGACAGAUCCACCAGUAUUAAAAGUGGUGGGUGACGGUUUUGAGGAUUCCGAUUCCGGUCAUCCUGACUACCUUAGUAGAUCUGCGUCAAAAACGAACGACAUGAUUGAAACGGCCGAACGGUAUAUGACCGUCAACACGACAGGCGACGCGAACCGUGCUAAUGGUCUUAUACAAAAUACUGACAGUCCAUUGUCACGACCUCAUAGCCAUUCGCAUACAGCGAUCUCUACUUAUAGUGUGGAAACUAUAAAACCAUUGGGAAGAUGCAGUCAAUAUAUUAAUGAAUACAUGAGAGAAGAAAUAGUUGUGAUCCUGUUUGCGGUGUUUGCGAGCUUGUUCAAUCAGACGGGUUUAGAGGCAUUGGUGACUCCACUGACACAGCGAUUCCUCAAUUGGAAGGAGCUCGAGAAUAGUAUGAUGUACCUGAUCGCAGGAGCUGAGGUGUGUUUGGUGUUCCUGAUUGUGCGCUGGCUGAGUAAGUGUUUGACGGACUGUACUCUCAUACUCGGAGGAUUUAUCGUAGAGGUCGUAGCUGUGUCCUGGCUGCUAUGGUUCAUGCCGAACGCUCAACCGAACUCCCAGAGUAACUUGGCUCCAUUUAUCGUUGGUGUGUUCCUUGAUUGUUUUGGUCUGCCCUUUAUCUUCACUUGUAGUAUAUCACUGUACUCAAAGGUCACGAGUAAGGAAACACAGGGUUUCAGCCACGGUUUGCGACGCAGCGUGACAGGCCUUGCCACGAUAGCCGGGCCACUUUGGUGUGGUUCCCUUGUCAACAAUUUGUUCCUCUGUUUGGGUGGGACUCUUGGUUGCAUGGUGGUUGCAUUGCUGCUCACCGUGUUAUCGUUCCGCCACAUGAGACGGCUAGAGUUACGAAACCAAGAAGAAGAGGCUGAAGCCCGUGCAGAAGCAGAAGAGAAAAAAAGGGACAAUUCUGAACGCCAACCGCUACUUCUGUGAUAGUGUCCUGGGGAGAGUUGGUGAACAAUGGGAUGUCGUCAGCCCUUGGAAGGGUCGAUUGCUACUUGUGAUAGUUCUUUUGGGAGGGUUUUGUGAACAAUAGGGUGUUUUGGCAUUUAGCGAAAGGGCGAAAGUUGAAAAUUCUAAGCGUCUACUGCUACUGAUGUGAUAAUAUCAAAGCACAGCCCAAUGAAUCAAGGGUAAGUAAGGGGUUAAAAGAUUGUAAAAUGUCCAUGUUGGGUUUGGUAGAAGAAGACGGAGUUAUCAAAAGGGACAGAAAGGUAAAAAAAACUUCAGAAUUUUUAUCACCUCACAAGUUCGCCACCCUGUACAUCAAUGCACUACAAAUGUUCAAGGUGAGGUGAACUUGGAAGUGGAAGUUUGCUACCUAUCAGUCUCUCCGAGACCUCUUUGGAUUUCUUGCCGCUUCCUCUGCCUGAAUCCUUUUACAAUGUUUUGACCCCUUAUACUGACACUUGAUUCAGUGGCCUGUGGUGAAAGUUUAUCGAUAGAAUUUUGUUAGCAAUGUUUUUGCAGCAUUCCAUGUGAGUCUAGUGUCAUACAGGGUGAGCCAAAAUAAAUUGUAUCCUAAGGUAAAAGGUUGAUACGUCCAGGAUCAUUCUUGACUCACCCUGUAGUAGUUUGCAGUAUUUGAUUGAUUGAACAUGAGAGUGGGACUAUUAUUAGAAUUUAAUCAAUGUUUAAUUUUGAUGAAAUGACUGUAGAUGACUUCAGUAGUUGUAUGUACAGCCUGUUUAAUCAGGAACAAUCUCUCCUUAAAUCUCCUUAAAUCUCCUGCCUUUCUGAGUCAUUGCCACCUCUCUGAGCACAUCCAGCCUCACACUAAAGGCCACCUCUAACCAAGGCCCUUGUUUGGACACAAACUAGAACCUUUCUAUGAAGGACACAAAUGGAACUGGCAAAUGCUCUCCUUGAUAGAGAGGUGUCCUGAUUACAGAGGUCAAAUUGUACAAAAAUUAUCCAUUCGGGGCCAAAAUCACUGUCCCUAAUAGAAGGGUGUCCUGAUCACUGAAUCCUGAACUGUGCUGAUAUCUUAUGUGGUGUAAAUAUUAUCAUUAUUUAUAAUUGUUCUGUUCUUAUUUGUGGCAAUAUGCCCUAUAUGGGUAUUAAGAAAAUGAUAGCAUUUAUAAUCUCAGGCAGGGUAUAAUUUGUUGAGUAUCCUGUCAGAAGCUAUGAAAAUAUCAAAAGUAAAAUGAUUUACAUGUAUCAUUUUUUAGUACAAAUAAAGAAAAUCUAUAUGGGUAGAAAGAAAAUGAUAGCAUUUAUAAUCUCGGACAAGGUAUAAUUUGUUGAGUAUCCUGUCGGAAGCCCUGAAAAUAUCAAAAAUAAAAUAAUUUACUUGUAUUAUU